AUGGAAGGUACGUCGGGGGCUCGCGAGCCCCGGGCCCGGCCGAGAGAGCGGGACCUAGACCGGCACCCCCGCCCGGACCGAGACCGCCAUCCCGAGCGACAGCGGGACCGACCGGGGGACCGGCGGAGGGAGAGAAACGGCGGCGAGCGGAGGGACGGGGACCGGGACAGGGGGAGGGACCGAGGCUCUCGCCAGGACAGACACCGGGUCGGGGACCUUCGCGCCGGUGAACAAAGAGUUUGGGAAAAGUCCCACCAAAGCCGGACGCGGGACGGACCCCGGAGGCCGACCUGGGACGCAGCCCCGCCCCCCUGGCCCGCGCCUUGGGAAACCCCGGAGCCGCCGAUCCAGAGGAAGGAGCGCUUCGCACCCAGUGGCCCGGCAAGUGAACCCACUUCAGGGAGAUACCUGCCCUCGAACCCCAGGUCUGGCCUAGAGGAAGUGGAAUAUUACCAGUCAGAGGCUGAAGGACUCCUGGAAUGCCAUAAAUGCAAAUACUUGUGCACCGGAAGAGGUGUGGUCCAGAUAGUGGAGGUGAUACUGAAUGGGAUGGUUCUCAUGUGUGUCGUGGCCUCCUACUUUGUCCUUGCUGGGUUCACUGCGAGCUUUACCAGUGGCGGAGGCUUUGGGAACAACUACUACUCACCAUUCGAGGGCACCGAGCUGGAGCAGGUUCGGCAGCUGGACCAGAAGUACACAGUGCUCCGGGCACCCCUGAUCUACGGGGGUGUGGCUGUUUCUCUGGGCCUGGGUGUCCUCACUAUGAGCGUUUUACUCCAAGGAGCCAAAAGCCUCACGGAACUGUCGGGGAAGUGGCUCCUCUUGGAGGCUGCCUUCAGCCUCCUGGCGGCGGUGAGCUACGGCGUGGGCAUUGGCAUGUACCUCCACGUGGCCUUGCAGAUCAAUGCCACAGACACCUGCAGAGCACGAGCGAGGCUCUACGCCCGCAAGGGCCUCACCUGGAUGAACUGCCAACUGGCAGGCACGGACGGGGCGGCGGCCACCUUUGCCUGUCUCCUGGUGGUGAUGUACAGCAUCAGUGUGGUGCUGGCCCUGCGGAGCUACCUGCGACAGAAGCACUACAAAGAGAGCCAAGCACAGCACAGUGGCUGCAGUGACGCGCCCGAAUACCUGUGGUCGGGAACUCUCUGAGACCGUCUUCUGGAACCUACAGGGCAACGCACCUCCCUUGUUUCUCUCAGAAAGAGGUAUCUUUUCAAAUGACACAUGAGACAACCGUGGUUUUCACACACUCGAGGUUACAGACGGUCCCGUCGGUACCAACAGAACUAAGGAGCCAGAGAAAUUCGGGAAGAGAGGGGAGACUGACAGGUCAGGGGGUAGCAGGCCCAGCGCUACAGCCGAAAUAAUCUUGCCUGGCGUAACUAAAGUCACGACAAGAAAUAUGCCACUGCUCCCCGUGUUGGGUCCCAGGGGAAUGAUUUUAAAGCAGUUGUAUGAUUGAAUUCUAAAUGAGUGACUACAUUCUGACUCUCCGAGAACGAAGCCGCCAUGACUGCCUGGGGCCCAGGGAGCCUUCCUCCCUUCAAGAUGGGAGGCAGGAUUCCUGAAUAAAGAGAGAUGCCAGUAGCAUGCGUGGUCCGCCUCAGGAUCCCUGCAGUCGGGCUGAGAGA